AGAAAUCUCAUCUCCUCAUUCUCUUGUAUUUUAUUCGGAUACGUCAAAAAUGGAGGAUGAACGUCUCUUCGACGAAAGAGUUUCUAUCAGAGAAUCUGCACGACCCUUGAAAAAAUAUGGGAGCACAUGCAAUCAUAUGAAGAGGAACGACGAAUACAUCAAACAUGUAAUGGCAAAAGGCGAUACAUUGCAAGGAAUUGCCCUCAAAUAUGGUGUUACUAUGGAAAAUAUAAGAAGAGCAAACCGAUUGUUUGCUACAGAUAGUUUGUUUUUGAGGGAAUAUUUAUUGAUCCCUGUGACGAAAGAUUCUCCGUUUUAUGCGAACGGGGAGCGCGUGACGGAGAUGGCACCGCCUAACCAUCGCGCGUCGAUUGCUGGGAUGCCCACUAGAGACUUCUCGCCAGGAAGUCCUGAUGAGAAGAAGAGUUUCGACGACUUUCUAAAUCGACUUGAUUCGUCUCUUGCUGAUAUCAAAAAGCAUGUCGAAAAGACGAAGGAGAAUAGCGAAUUCGUCAAAGACUUCGAGAACGAUUUCGUGAGGCACCGACCGACGGCGCGGCUGCGGCAGUCAGCGUCGCUCGGCGCCUCUACGUCCUACAACGAGGUGAUCCCGCCGCCCCUCCCGCCCCCGCAGACCGCCGUCCUCACCCAGGGCCGGAAGGUGGACACCUCCCUCAAGCGGCUGGAGAGGACGCAUGACGACCUAUUUCAGUUGUAGCGGCCGAGACAGCGCAGAUAUGCGCGGUUCCAUUGAACGCGACGGUCCCGCGCUGUGCUGACACAGCGCGCGGAGUCGUCUCUCCGGGCCCUAUACGGCCCAGCCGUGGGCCAUGUGACCCAUGGUCCCGGACCCCAGCGGCCUAGACCCUCGGGCUAUCGAACUAUAUCGAAGUACACUCGGUGAGUUACACAUGUGAGGUCACGGAUCGUGAUAUUAGCUUGUAACGCGUAUUUAUAUUGGUAUUUGUACCCCAUAUAUUCCUAAAUAUAUUACUAAGUCCAAUAUAUAUUAUUAAGUAAAACUAUGCUAUGAAUAUUGAAAUUAUUUGGACAUUCCAGUAAUAGAAACAAAAUACGAAAAUAAGAAGAUCAUAUAAUUUUAACCAUGUAAUUUUAUCGUCAAAUCGGCUAUGAAUAUUGGUUCAAUAUCAAAACAUCAUGAUUAGUUUUAUCUCGUAAAUAAAUGAAAUAACGAAAGACUAGGCUUUGGUAUGUAUAAAAAAAAAUUCAUUCUGUUUUAUCGAAUAUCCAAACGGAUAGAUGAUAAAGAGUCGACUGUUCUGAAUGAUUAUGGCAUAUACACUAGUGUGUCUCGCUCGUAUCACUAUAGAUUUGCGAGACAGCGCUAGUAUUAAUAGCCUUCCUUAUCUUGCCCUUAACUUCGCACAAUGCCUUAUUAAAAAGUAUAUACAUACAUAGUAGUAACCAAGCUAUGUUGUCUAAAACGGAAAAAUCUUUUUAAUAUCUUCCAAAUAUAUAUCGCGAUUGUUACUCGGUGUAAUAAAAAAGGAUUAGCACACAUUUCUUAUCUUUCUGUAAUAAAUUUGCACAGAGAUUGGUCGUUUUCAUAACACAAUUUAUUAUAUGUUUUAUGUGACCCCUUUUUUGAUAUCUACUAAUCUGUGACGUAUAUUGUCUGUCCAUUUGCAUAUGUGUACAAUGAUUUGUGUAUAUUGAUGUUUUUCCUGUUAUAUACAGUUAUGAUAAACAUAUGUAAUAAAUAUGUAUAAGAUUGAAAAUGAUGUAUUAUAUUGAUGUUAUGAUAGCUUCAUUGAUAAAAUAUUUACCGACAUAUUCUUUAGAUAACCAAUAAGAAAGUAGCGUUUUUAGUUACUGAAUUGUCUCAAACCCGACUAAAAAGCAAAUUAAUUUUCGUUCAUGAUAAAAUUUUCAUUCAAAAAUCUUUUGUGAAGCUCAGGAGCUAUAAAAAUAUUCAAGAAAAAAUUAAAACUUCCGUCUAUUUUUCCUUCACGGAACAGAAAAAAAUAUAAUAUUUUUCGCUCUAUCAAUGUAAAAUAUUGAACAUUGAAAUAUAUAAUUAAGUAUUUUAUGAAUAAGCGGGUAAAUCUAUACCUAUUCACAUAUUGAAUUGUGAGUGUCGCUUUAUUAGAUAUAGUAAGUUCCUUUAGUGUGUAACCUCACAUGUCUCGCUAUGUAUCGAUACAUAAUAUGUUAUUAAUAAAUAUUAAUCUGUUAUUA